AUGGGACAGGAUGGAAGCAAAGAAGACUUUCAACAACAAGCUGCGGAUAUUCAAGCUCACCAAUUGAAUCAAGCAGCUCAGCAACAAAGUCAACUUCUAGCAUUUCAAGAAUUACAAAGAAAACAAAAUGAAGAACGAGCUGCACUCAGACGACGGGAAGAAGAAAGAUUGGAUGCGGCUGAUAGAGAGUUUGCUGAAAGAGAAAAGAAUGUACUGGAAAUGGCGAGAAAAACUCAAGAAGCUAAUCGAGCUAGAACAGAUCAAAUCCAACGAGAUAACGAAGAAAGAGUGAGAGCAGCUAUCAGAGAUGGUAAUGAUGCUCUUGAUAAGCAAAGAAAUAUCAAUCAGUCGGAGAUCACAAAUAAGACAUUGGACCAUCAAAAUCAAUUGACAAGAACACAGAAUCGAAUUGCUGAAACCGAAAAAAAUGCGGAAGAAAAAGUGAUUAAGUUGAAAGAAAAAAAUGAACAAAUUCAACAAAAGAUUCAUGAUGAAAGUAAGCAUUACCACGAAAAAAAGCUAGAAACAUCCGAACGUCAUGCACUUGAACUCGAGAAGCGUCACAAGGAAACCUCGGAAAUCAUGUUGGAACGAGAGGCUAAUAAGCUCAAACAUACUGAAAGAAUGGCUAUCAGUCAGAAGAUGUUUGAGGCGGACAGAAUAAAUAUAGCAAUCGAAGGAGAGAAAGAUGUGAAGGAGAGCCAUUUCAUUGAUGCUGUUUCGAAUACAAAACGUUGUGGACUGGAAGUGUCAAGUGCUAUUAAUGGAAUGGGUAAAUAUGCAUAUGCUCUGAAGAAAGACAAAGAAGCACAACCAAAAGAUAUAAAUGCUCUUAAGGUUUUGCUCCAGCAGACUGUUCCAAACAAAAUCAUGCAUCUCGAAAUGUCUGCGAGUUCAAUCCUUGAUCAACAGGAAAGUGCCAAUCCAAACGCCGUGAAAUGUCAACAAAUAGCAAAAGAGAUAAAAGCUGCUGUUUCGAAACUUUCGAAAGCGACAACGAGAUUCCAAGCAUCCUUGGGUGAAUCUCCAAUUGAUGAAUCUCCAAAACUGUUCAAAAAAGUUACGAAAGCGAAUGAUGCCCUGCAAGAAUUGGUUGACUCAUUUCCAAUUGUUACAAGAAGUCAUCAUGCAAUCGGAAUGAUUAUGCAGAGUACCAGAAGCAUUACCAGUGGAAACUAUAACGUAGAGGCAAUUCAGUCGAUUAGUACUUUAACUGUUUCGGCAAUAGAAGACAGUGGAACAAACAGUUGA